AUGAGAAUCUACGAUCGAAUAAUCGAAUACACCCAUGGACGCUACGGAAACAAGACAGAGGAAACCUCCUCAGAAAGCGAAGAGAGCACGGACAGCCCAAGUAUAAUGAAGGAGAAGAUGCCCCACUGUAAAUAUGUAACAGAACUAUGCCAACAUAUUUUGUUCUUUUCCUCUUUCCAGUUGUCUUUCGCCCUGAUGUUCUCUCUGUACUGCCAAUUCUACUACCUUGCAAUUUUUAACAGUGGGCUUCUUUUAUCCUCCAUAAUACACUGGAAUAAACCUACUUUGGGAUUACGGAGGAAGAUAGACAUAACCAUGGCCUUCAUUAAUUGCAUAAUUCACGCUAUCUACGCAUUCAGCAUAAAUUCGAUGUGUUUCUUUGUUUGGCUCCUUGCAACCAUUUUUAUGAUAGUACUUUACUUAACCGGGAAAAGGUUUAGUUACAAUUCUUAUAGCACUCUCUACCACCUCCUCGUCCACGCCACCGGGACCAUGUCCGCCCUCUCCAUUUACUACAUUUCGAAGAACAAGCUUAUUGACCACUCGUGA